AUGAGAUUACUUUGUCAAAAAUAAAUAAAUAAAUAAAUAAAUAAUGAGAUAGAAAUCCAGAUAGCUAUGAAUAUAGACUGAUAUGAUGCGGGCGGUGGACCAGAAACCAGAGUAUCACUUCGAGCAGUGUAGUGGCCUUAUAUAGGCAUUAUAUAGCACAAUCCAUAUCAUAUCCAUUCUGUCACUGUCAGUGUGUGUGUCUCUCAUGCACACACUCUGUCUAGUUUAUUAGUGUUGAGUAGAUUCUCAGUACACAAUGUCUGUUUCCUCACUAUUGCAGGUAAUGGAUGCUCCGAGUCCCAUUGAACCAUCACCUCGUUACGAUACAUUCUCUACUGCAACUGAUGGACGCCAUUACUAUUGGAGGGGGCUUGGUCCAAGACGAGGGUCUAACAUCAUUGCUGUGUAUGAUCCAAGCACUGAGCUGUGGAGCCUCUUGCCCACCACUGGACCUCUACCCCCUGGAGAGUAUGGUGGUUGCUCUGUUUGUGUAGGUCGUUGCCUGUACACCUUUGGUGGUCAUGAUGGGUCUUCCUACUUCAAUGACAUGAGCAAGCUUGAUCUGGAUACUCUCCAGUGGACCAAAGUUCAAACCUCUGGUAGUCAGCCUAUGAAAAAGGCUUUAUGUGAACUUGUCCGGGUGAAUGAAAGAACUCUGUGCUGCAUUGGAGGAUACGGUAUUGAGGGCACCACACAACCAGGAUCAACAUUCACCAGACACACUGAUGGACGUGGAUGGACAAAUGAGUUUCACUUCUUCAAUGUUGAAAAUGGUGUCUGGUCGUCUCCUGAGCUCAUAGGCGAGAGACCUCCUCCCUGUACUGGCUUCACCUUCACCAUGGUGGACCAGCACAGGGCAGUCCUCUUUGGAGGGCGCCAAUCUGGUCGUGAUGGUAGAGUCAAUGACGUCUACCUAUUUAAUUUGAGGGACAUGGAGGUCACUAAGGUGAAGCCAGUACAAGGAGAGCCAUGGCCAGUGGGGAGGUCAGUCCAUGCUGCCUGUUGUCUCAACUAUGACCAGGACCACCCUCAACUACUGGUGUACGGAGGACGGAGUAGUGACAAGACACUGGGGGACAUGUGGACACUUUAUGCUGACACUGUCAAGUGGACAGAGGUGACACCUGCGUCAAUGACACCACGUCUCCUCCACUCCAUCACUGCCACCAGUCUGGGACCAGGACUCACUGAGGUCCUCGUGUUUGGAGGCUCUCGGGAGCUGCUAGGAGAUCCCAUUGCUGAGACCACCAUACUGAGAUUUGAGUUGACUGGACCCUCAGCGUCUGUUGCUGGACCCUCGGCUGGGAAGUGGGCUCUCGUGAAUGUGGCCCACAACGACACUAGAGGCUCCGCCCAGCGACUGAGUGAGAAGAGGAUCAAACAAGCAACUGCUCGUGCCUCAUCAGUCAGUGAGACCAGCGACCACUCCUCUCAAGACCGGGUGAGGGCUCUGGAACAACAGUUACGAGCAGCAGAGCAGAGAGAGCACGACACUCAACGUCGCCACCAACUACAGUUGCAAGAGAAGAAUCGAGAAUUGACUACGAAAGAUCAUGACGCUGAGAGGAUAAACUUGGAACUGAUUGCUGAAAUUGAACGACUUCAAGAAGGCCUCCAAAGGUCCGACAGGAGAGCCCAGCUGGCAGAGGAGCGAGCAGAGGGUCUGGAGACUCAGUGGGUGGUCCAUCGCGAGGAGAUCACAAUGACAGAGAGACAGCUCGGUGGGGGAGGAUGGGGGGUCGUCAAAGUGGCCAAGUUCCGAGGAAUCGAGGUGGCAGCCAAGACACUGUACGAGCAGCUCACUUCUGUUUAUUAUCGACGCAUGUUUAUUCGUGAGAUGAACAUGGCGGCUCGUCUGCGACACCCACACCUGGUCCAGUUCAUAGGAGCCACGCUGGAGGGGGAGAUGAUCAUCCUGACAGAGCUCAUGGUCACCAGUCUGAGGAGGGUGCUGGAGGGAGGUCGUAUCUCACGUGAACACAUCCUCUCCAUCUCUGUGCAGGUCUGUCAAGCCCUCAACUAUCUCCACCUCAUGCAGCCAGACCCAGUGAUCCAUCGUGACAUCAGCAGUGCAAACGUCCUCCUCAACCCUAUACCCAAUGGCCGCUGGAGUGCAAAGGUCACAGACUACGGCUCAGUGAACACCCUGCGAAUGUUGAACACUGUCAAUCCAGGGAGUCCUGUAUACGCUGCCCCUGAGGCCGGUAACCCGUCCCUCCAGUCAACCAAGAUGGACAUGUUCAGUCUGGGGGUGCUCCUGAUCGAGAUAUGUUCUGGCCAGUUUCCGAGCCAGGAAGAACGCGAGAGCUUAUUCCUCACCAUCCAAGACCGUCAGUUCUCUGACAUCAUCAGUCGCUGUAUCGAUAGAGAGAGAGACAAUCGACCAACCGCUCGACAACUGUUGAAUGAACUACAGUAGAACUGCACUAGAUAGAUAGUUUUGUUCAUCUACUAAAUUGGAGUUGUUUUUUUUACGUUGUUGCAUUAUAAUUAUCUCAAAUUAUGUGUUUUUGUCAUUGUUUUAGCCAAGGCAUAAAUUGAUAUUGAUUGAGAAGAGACAA